GAGCUCACUCGCUGUGUUCCCGUCGGUCCCAGUCCGUUCAGCUCAGAGGAACAGGGAUCCAGCGGAAGCUGUAUUGAGGAGAACUGUGUUCAAGCUAAAGCUACAGAGCUGAAAUGAGUUUCCUUGGAGGUCUGUUUGGCCCAGUGUGUGAAAUCGAUGUCAUUCUGAACGAUGCUGAAAGCAGAAAAACAGCCGAGCUGAAGACUGAAGAUGGGAAAUUGGAGAAGCAUUAUUUGUUUUAUGAUGGAGAAUCAGUUUCAGGAAAGGUAAAUAUCAAUGUGAAACAAACAGGCAAAAGGCUUGAACAUCAGGGAAUUCGCAUUGAGUUUGUAGGACAGAUCGAGCUCUUCAGUGAUAAAAGCAAUACUCAUGAGUUUGUAAACCUUGUGAAGGAGCUUGCUCUGCCCGGAGAGCUGACACAGAACCGCAGCUAUGACUUUGAGUUCAUGCAGGUGGAAAAGCCAUACGAGUCUUAUGUUGGAGCGAAUGUGCGAUUGAGGUAUUUCCUUAAAGUUACAAUUGUGAGGAGGCUGUCUGAUUUGGUAAAGGAGUAUGACCUCAUUGUGCAUCAGCUGGCCUCCUACCCUGAUGUCAACAACUCUAUCAAAAUGGAAGUGGGCAUUGAAGACUGCCUGCAUAUAGAGUUUGAAUACAAUAAGUCCAAGUAUCACCUCAAAGAUGUAAUUGUGGGUAAAAUCUACUUCUUACUUGUACGGAUUAAAAUCCAACAAGUGAAUAUAUUUUUCACAGUUACAGUCCGCUGUUUUCAACUAGAUAAUGGGCCGAGCACAACUACUGAGACCGAGACUGUGGCUAAAUAUGAGAUUAUGGAUGGAGCACCAGUGAAAGGUGAAUCCAUUCCUAUUCGCCUUUUCCUGGCUGGUUAUGACCUUACAGCCACAAUGAGAGAUGUAAACAAGAAAUUCUCUGUGAGGUACUUUUUGAACUUGGUGCUUGUGGAUGAAGAAGAUAGGAGAUACUUUAAACAGCAGGAAAUAGUUUUGUGGAGGAAGGCACCCGAGAAACUGCGGAAACGGAACUUCCAUCAGCGCUACGAGUCACCUGAGCCUCGGCCGAGUCUCUCUGCUGAGCAGCCGGAAAUGUGAGCGGGGUCUGGAGAGCAACCAGCCAGGGACACGCGUAC